AUGGAAAUAGUUGAUGCUAGCUUCCUCGGGAACAUCACCAAUAUUACUGCUUUCCUGUGCGAUAUCAUCUUGGAAAAUGACACUUUUUUCUGUGUGGAUGAUCCACCUUAUCCUUCUAAAGAUUUGCAUCAGAUAAUUCGGAUUCUGCUGUAUUGCUUGAUUUUUGUGCUCAGCAUUUUGGGGAACAUUCUGGUAAUUACGGUGCUGAUAAGAAACAAGCGGAUGAGAACAGUCACCAACACCUUUCUGCUGUCACUAGCAGUCAGUGACCUGAUGCUCUGCAUUUUCUGCAUGCCGUUCACCCUCAUUCCCAACCUGCUGGAAGAUUUUAUUUUUGGCAGCGCUGUUUGCAAAACUGCCACUUAUUUCAUGGGUGUCUCUGUAAGUGUAUCUACAUUCAACUUGGUUGCCAUAUCUUUGGAGAGAUACAGUGCCAUUUGCAAGCCUCUGCAAUCCAGGGUCUGGCAGACAAAAUCCCAUGCCUUGAAAGUGAUUGCUGCUACCUGGUGUGUUUCCUUUGCUAUCAUGUCACCAUACCCAAUUUACAGCAAACUGGUACCUUUUACCAAGUAUAACAACGCCACAGCAAAUAUGUGUCGGCUUCUUUGGCCAAGUGAUGCCAUUCAGCAGUCUUGGUAUACUUUCCUGCUACUCAUACUCUUUCUCAUACCUGGGAUUAUAAUGAUGGUUGCAUAUGGCCUAAUUUCUUUGGAACUCUACAGAGGAAUAAAAUUUGAUGCCAGCCAGAGAAAAUCUUCACGAGAAAGAAAAAUAAGUACCUGCAGCACCAAAUAUGAGGAUGGAGAUGGAUGCUACCUCAACAAAACCAAAAGAAAAAGGAAAAUGCCAUUGCAACAGCUCUCUGCUACUAGCCAUAGCAAAAUAGACAGAGUGAGAAGCAGCAGCUCUUCUGCCAACUUAAUGGCCAAGAAACUCGUCAUCCGCAUGUUGAUGGUGAUAGUGAUUUUGUUUUUCCUUUGCUGGACUCCCAUCUUCAGUGUCAAUGCCUGGCGUGCGUUCGACACCACUUCGGCAGACCAGCGCCUCUCAGGAGCUCCUAUCUCCUUUAUCCACUUGUUGUCCUACACUUCUGCCUGCGUGAACCCUAUCAUCUACUGCUUCAUGAACAAGCGUUUCCGCAUGGGUUUUCUAGCCACUUUCACCUGCUGUGCAAAGCAAAAGCCCUCUGCAGUACGGGGAGAGGCUGGUGAUGAAGAGGAGGGGAAGACAACAGGGGCUUCACUCUCCAAAUGUUCUUACACCCACAUGAACGCACCUGCACCACCCUGA